AUGGUUUACAAUACUAAUCCAAUUGAUCUUCGAGUGAAGCGCAUGUUUCACUCAUCCAGCCUGCCCGGAUCUGGAAUUGGGCACAUUGCAAUGCUCCACCGCACAAACUACUUGGCUCUCGUUGGAGGUGGGAAAAAUCCGAAGUUUCCCAACAACAAAGUAAUCAUCUGGGAUGAUUUAAAGCGCAAAACAAGUUUGAGCUUGAGUUUCAUGAGUCCUGUUCUCAACGUUCUCUUGUCUCGUAUCAGAAUUGUGGUUGUUCUUCUUAAUCAGGUAGUGGUGUUUGAAUUUUCAGCACCACCCAGGAAAUUUGCAUCAUACGAAACCAGUUCUAACGAGUACGGACUCGCUGACCUAUCGGUCCACGCAGCAUCUCUGCACGGCAUACCAGGAUCUUUGCACUCUUCAGAUUCCGGUUUUGACCCUGUUUAUAAGGAUCAUCCAAAGUACCAGAUUUUGGCUUUCCCUGGGCGGACGAUUGGUCAGAUCCAGUUGGUUGAUGUUUCUUCAGAGGGGCAGGGCAAAAACUCAGUCAGCAUAAUCAAGGCACACAAAUCCAAAAUAAGAUGCAUAACUUUGAAUAGAACAGGCACUUUGAUAGCGUCAGCAAGCGAAACAGGCACACUCAUCCGAAUUCAUUCAACUAGUACCACAGCGCUUCUAUUCGAGUUCAGAAGGGGUCUUGAUAGGGCCAUGAUAACGUCCAUGAAAUUUUCUCCGAAUGAUACUAAACUCGCUGUUUUGUCUGAUAAGAAUACCCUUCAUGUAUUCAAUAUUGCAUCUAGAAGUGAUAAUACAGUGGUUGAUCCGUUCGGUGACGGUGAAACGGUGAGAGAAACACCGCUGAAUCGCCAGCAUUUUUUCAAGCGUCUCCCAUUACCUAUACCUGUCCCAAACUAUUUUAAUUCUACAUGGUCUUUCUGCUCUUUAAAUACAAGCAAGUAUCACACCGAUAUGAAUGGGUCUCUGGAGCAUAUUAAUGACAUUGGCAUUCUUGGGUGGGCGGGGGACGAUAGCAUAAUUAUAAUUUGGAAGGAGAAGAAAAUCUGGGAAAAAUUUGUCAUUACAGAAAAUCCUUCUAGUGCUUCAAAGCAUCAGCAUAAGUUUGAAUUGGUUAGAACAGGGUGGAAAAACCUAGAAAAUCUCGUGGACUAG